CGGAAGCUUCCGUACGCGGGGUCACAUGAACGAUUUGUUGUUGUCUCGAGCGAAAUUCCGUCUUUAUUCCUGUCUCACAGCUCACACGAUACAGUAUCAAAACGUGACGGUUAUCAGGCUCGCCGAAAUCAUCCGCGUCCACUUUGUGCCCAAAAAAAUGUUGCCACAGUAUCGAUGAACAGGACGACACUUACAUCGGGCGACGGCGCUUUUGUUGACGCCGAUGACUGGUGAGAAGAAGACGCACGCGCCUGUUGCGUUAGCUCGUACGCGGAGCUGUUUGAUGGCUCAAAGCAGAAUGUCGCAUUAAGUCGUGCGUGUUGUGUCUAAUAGCGCGCACACACACACACACACACACAGAGAGAGAGAUAUCCGCGUAAACUGGCUUCGUGCUCGGGUCUCCAGCUUACGGUCGGCUGUUAACAAACGAUGCUGCGGUGGAUUCUCGGUGGUCGCGAGGGUCAAAGCUCCGUGGAGAAAAGCCCUGUGUUGUGCAUUGGCGAGGAACAGCCCAAAAACUGCUUCACUGAGCUGCAGGUGCUGAAAGGACAUUUUGACAUUGUUCGAUUUCUGGUGCAGAUUGAUGACUUCAGAUGCGCCUCGGCUGGGGACGAUGGCCUUGUGUUGGUGUGGAAUGUUGAGACCGGGGAGAGGCUGCAGGAGCUGAGGGGCCAUUCCCAGCAAAUAACAGCCAUAACAACGUUCACCUGUAGUAAUGGACUCAUGUCACACACCUCCCUCAUCACAGCCUCGUCAGACAGAAGUCUCAGUUUGUGGGACCCUGAUACAGGCAACAGGGUUCAGACCAUUUCAGAUCUUCAGUCUUCUGUAAAGUGCUUGCUGGUGCUGGAGCGGCUGUGUGUGUGGUUCUCCGGCGGUGAGGAGCUGUGUGUGUGGGACAGAGACUUUCAGCUGCAGUGUCACAGACAGAACCACAGUGACACCGGAAUAACCGCUUUGAUAGAGCUGCCCAAGAACUGCAUCGCUGCCGCCAUGGAUAAGGAAAUAAUGAUCUACAGGCUGACCGUUUCUACUGAUUCCACCCUGUCAGUGGCUGAAAUGCGCUGUCUGUCCGACCACCAGGAUCAGAUUCGAGCUCUUAUCAACGUCAAUGACGGGCUCUUUGCGAGCGGUUCCCAUGCUGGCGAGUUGAUCAUAUGGGACGCGAUUGAUUGGAACAUCCUGGCGUAUGAGCACAUCCUUUGGGAGGAGUCGCAGACCUGUGCCCAGGCUGAGAUUCGACUGGCGGCUCCUAAACCCAGCGAGAUGUCCAUUCAGCAUCUGACCACCAACGGAAAGCUCAUCCUGGCAGCUGUGGGCAGCGGUCUGUAUGUGUACAGCAUCCUGACCAAAACGGUGGUGGCCUACAGGAAGGUUGCCCAUGACUCCAAUGUCUUGCACACCAUGCUGCUAUCAGACAGCGAGUUGAUGUCAUGCUCCGAAGACGGCAGUGUGAGGAUGUGGGAGAUCCAGGAGCUGCCUCUGACUGCCGAACCCGCCUCUCCAGGGUUCUUCGGAAUGUGGACGUUUGGCCGACCAAACAAACAGACCGGUCCUCCAACAAAGAAGGUCGUGGAUGUCCCCAACAUUCGGACGCUGGAGCUGACGGGCGACCUGAUCGGACACUCGGGGGCGGUCCAGAUGUUUGCGAGCUUCAAGGAGAACGGUCUGGUCACGUGCUCGACGGACCACCUGCUGAUCCUGUGGAAGAACGGAGCGAGGCAGAGCUGCCUCCGCAGCCUGGCGCUUUUCCAGAAACUGGAGGAGAACGGAGGACUCUGACCUUUAACCUAAAAGAAGAGGGUGGGAGGUCGUGUGUCGAUGCUGGUCAUACAUAAUUGUAAUAUAUUGAUGAAUGUUGUUUUGCCUGCACUUGUAACUGUUGUCUGCCUGUUGACUGAAAACCUGUAUUUAACUUAAAUUUGAAAUAUUA